AUGAUAGCAUCAGCAGUCGCCUCUCAGUGUAGAGCAGACAUCAGCUUGCCGAGGUGUGUGGCCGUGCAAGGCCGAAGACCACUUUUUUGCGGCAAGUGCUCCCUCAGCGCGGCAUCCAAUGGACGAGCUGACCGGACUGGAACUGGCAUCUUGGCUUUCCCUGGGGGCGAUGGAAGAAUCUCAAGAGGCUUCAAGGCUUCUAUCUUCUUUUUGGUGUUUAAAAAACUUCUCGUGGGGCGAGUUUUGCUGUUUUGCGAGGACCCCUCCGAGCGAUUCCUGGCCACGGUACACCACCGGACCGGCCUUGUCAGGACCUGGUGGGCUUCAGAGCUUCCCAAGGGCGAAGCCUUCCGACGCCGUGCCGUCACAGACACGCUGCUGGGCUGCUGCGGCGAGGUGUUGCAGGGGCAUUGCCAAGCUGCAAGCUGGGCACCCGCUGCGCGCGGGCCCGCAAUUCUCGCAACUCUCGGUUUGCAGCGGGACAUAACAGUCUGGCGAGAGUCUGCCUUCGAAGAAGUUCCUGGUUUCGUAGCAGAGGCUCGCUGGUCCGCGUCGGAGCUCCAAGCUUCUGCGAUGGUCUGGGUCAUCGGCAAAGACGCCGAACAGUUAGAGGAUGCGAGAGACUGGUGGGGCGAACAGUCAGAAUCACUGCCACUGCGCCCCGCUCGUCAUUCGGCUGGUCACGUGUGGCCUGAAGGGCCCCACAAAGCCGAGCUGGUGGUGGCAGGCGAGACCACGUGGUGCAUCGAGCUCCAAAGCUCACCAGGAGGGCAGGGCCCCCUCUCUUCGAUCUGUCGCAAGUUGCCCGAGCUCCCUGGGUUUGACCAGAGUGCGGGCUAUGGACCCAGCGGAGGACUUUUUUCGGUGAGGAAGUUGGGAAACGCUUCCUUCAAUGCCUGGCUCUGCUCUCCAAGUGGAGAUCUCCGGCGGGUCUGCCUCGAUCAGAACUCGACGUCCGUAGACGCGGUCGCAGGCAGUGUGCUUCCAUGCUGCUGUUUGCCAGCUGCCAAGCAGCUUGAGGAGCCGCCUCGUUUCGAGGUAGUGGAUAUGGCGCUGCACGAAUACUGGGGCUUGCUCGCUUUGCUCUUGCACGGCGGAAGAACGAUCGUCUGGGUGGCGGAAAUUCCCGAGUCCCGUGCGUGCUUUGACUCGGGACGCUAUCGCUUGCCUGAAGGUGACAUUUUAAGCGAUGAAGCGCUGAGCACAGGAGACUGCCCCAGUUUCCGCAGUUUGGUCUGGAUACCUGGACAUCGACUGCCUCCCCGACUCCUCGGCUUCGGGAGAGACAGAGACAGCCGGCUGAUGGCCACGUCCCUGGACAUCUCUGGCACGCUGCAGCCAUGGAGCGAGGCCCUGCCCCCCCUGGGGCCCUCCGCCUGUGGUCGUCUCAAUCCUGGCAGGUGCUUUGGAAGUCAGACGCUCACCUGCCGGUUCGGGACGUUCAGCAGAUGCAAACAAGCAAGGUCGAAUGGCCGCGACGUGAGCAUUGCGAUCCGAGCCCGAAGUCAGAAAUCAUUGCAGGCGGGGGGCGUACUCUCCCUGCUGGUGCAAGACGAUGACGUCUUCUUCGUCCUGGCACAUGUGGAGGCGGAAGGGUGUUGUCACAUAGUUAUCCCAGUGCUGGAGAUGAUACUUCGUGAACCGCGAGUGAUGUCGCGACAUGAAUGUCCGAGCUUAUACACAGGCACAAUUGCAGCCUAG